CGCAGGCGGGCACAUUCCGGAUUGUCUCAUGAAUGCUAAGCUAACGUUUAAUACACAGUAUUUUAAAUAGUUUCUUAUGGAGGGUAUCAAUGCGAAGUACGUUUCCCAGAAAAUCAGUAAAACGAGAUGGAGACUAGUGUCGCAUUCGUCUUUGCAGCAACCAGAUAUAUUUGCGACUGGCUCGUGGGAUAACGAGGUUAACAAGAUUUCCUUUUGGUCCAUUGGGAAUCAUGGAGGUUCUGACAUGGACGAUGGAUUUGAAGGAGACCCACAGUUGCUGUGUGAAUAUAAGCAUGAUGGAGAUGUUCUGGACCUUCAAUUUUUGGACCAAGAGAGAAUUGUCACAACAUCGUCAACUGGAGCAGUCACCAUCUUUCGCCACCACCAAAACAGUCAGACAAUAUCAGUUUCUCAUUGCUGGCCAAGAGCGCAUCGUUACCCUUGUGACAACGCUCCCUGUACUGGUGUUGUGUGCAGCAGUCCUGAGAUUGUUACAGUUGGCGAAGAUGGCAAGAUCAUCGUCUUUAGAGCCGACCAGGAAGGAGUGAUUAGAGUCAUAGAGAAUGCAGACAGCUGCACCAUUCAUGCUGUGACGUACCUGAGGACAACAGAAAUUUUGACAGUGAACUCCAUUGGCCAGCUCAAGCUGUGGGACUUCAGACAACAAAGCGACGCACCAUCCCAGAUUCUCUCCUUGUCAGGGGAUAGAGUCCCUAUGCACUGUGUUGACAGACAUCCGAACCAACAGCACAUUGUUGCCACAGGAGGGCAGGACGGCAUGCUGUGUGUCUGGGAUGUGCGACAAGGCAGCACACCCUUCUCACUCAUGGAGGCACACUCUGCUGAAAUGUGGGAAGUCCACUUCCACCCAACCAACCCAGAUCAUCUGUUCACGUGCUCCGAGGAUGGUUCACUGCUGCACUGGGAGACUUCCACACAUACAGACAUGCCCUCCUUCUUACAAGGUGGCAGGAACAACAGCAUGGUGUCUCGCAGUGCGAUGGCCCCGGCUGGAGGGAACCAGUCUCUCAUCAGCGCCUGGCUCAGUGGAGACUCCAGCAAAGGCCGUCUGGAGACGACUCACAUGCUGCCCAGCCAGACACUGUCCGUCAACAGUUUGGAUGUACUCGGACAAUGUCUUGUCUGUGGGACUGAUGGAGAAGCCAUUUUUGUCAAUAGAGAGGUCCCAGUUUAAAAGAGUGGUUAUUGUGCAUGACAAGAUGUAUAGGACCAUCUGUUUAUUUGUCAUCAAUGGUUCAAGGGUUUUGUAGAUAAUUCCAAGCAGUGUAUAUCAGCGAUGCAACUUUUCUAUGGAUUUCAUUAAACUGUUUUGAAUAAGUAAAUAAAAGCAAAUAUCUCAAGA